AUGGGCAAUCAGCAACGUAAAGGACAACAUCAGCACAACCAUCAUAGUCAUCGUCAUGGGGGUUCAAAAUAUGAAAUCCAUAAUACUUCUGAUCACUCUUAUACUCUCAGUCCAUAUCAUUGUCAACAAGUUUCAAGUAAUGAUCACAAUUUUAGUUACAGUACGAAACAUACUUUAUUGAAGACAACACCACCAUUGCCUAUUUAUAAUGGAAGUAAAUUCGAGCACUAUAAUCAAGAUCAUGCUGUUAAAAAGUAUCAUGGACUGUUUCCCAAACGACCAUCUUCAAAACUUGAAUAUCCAAAAACCCAUUAUGUUCUUGACCAAUAUGGAAAGAAUCAAGUUGUACUAUCAACUCAUCAUGGACAACCGAUUCAAAAACAACUCAAACGUUUAGAACCUAAACGAAGUCAAUCAUGCGAAAAUCUUUUUCAACUAAAUCAUAAUUAUGACAAAAAUCAGCGUUAUUCACGGACACCAGUUACACAAAAGAAGAUGCUAACAAAUGUUGAAAAUACAAUAGUAAAGGAACCACCAAAACAAAAAUUAUGUUCACAAAUGAGUCGCUCUACUGAAGAUCUGAGUAGUAGUGCAACAGCGAAAAACACGGCACAAAAGAUGCAAUAUAGAACUGGAGCACCGCUUGUUGCAAAACUUAGCCGAUCAUUUGAACAGUUACCGGACAUUAAAACGUUCGUAAAAACCCAUCGACAUUAUGGAAAUCGUUCACCUCAAAAAAUGGGUGUACGUUACAAACGAAGUCAGUCAUGUUCUAAUAUUCAAGAUUCUAAUAUUAAAACAACUUGGACUUAUAAUUUUUCUCAACCUGCAGGAGAUUUCACAAAUAGAUCAUAUUCGCCAUUGUUUUCGUUAGCAUUAUUAGAUCUAAAUAUUAAACGAUUUAAAAUUAAACAAGAAAUCGGAAAAGGGCAGUUUGGAACAGUGUAUCAGGCAAAAUUUGAUGGAAAAGAGGAUGUUGCUCUGAAAACGUUGAAUGCAAAUUUCCAAUCAACAGAGUUGAAUGACCCGCUUCUGAUGAAAGAACUAACGAAUGAAGCCAAUAUCAUGACAAAAUUACACCAUCCAAAUCUGUUAAAAAUAAUCGGUAUUACAUUUUUAAACAACAAUCUUUGUCUUAUUACCGAUUAUAUGCGAAAUGGUUCGUUGAAGGAUUACUUUCAACGAAACAAAUACUUAUUUACACAAAUGAGUCAUACUGAGAUUAAUAAACGGUUGAAUAACUUCGCCAUGCAAAUUUAUCAGGCAAUGGCUUAUUUAGAACAAAAAUCCAUUGUUCAUCGAGAUUUGGCGGCAAGAAAUUGUCUAGUAGGAGCUGAAGAUCAGUUGAAAGUCGGCGAUUUUGGAUUAGCCAGGUAA